AUGGGCCGAAGAAAAAAAGAAAGAAAGAAGGAGCAAGCGAGACGCCAAUUAGAUAAUUCCAAAGACUUUUCAGUGCAAGACGGUUUAGGCAACUUUAGUAAAAAGAAGAAAAAGAAGCGACGUCAUAGUUUGACUACCCUUGGUGGGUUGUGUGGCAGGACGAUCUUCACCAGCUACCAGCUCGAGGAACUGGAGAAGGCGUUCAAGGACGCCCACUAUCCGGACGUUUAUGCCAGAGAGAUGCUUAGCCUUAAAACCGACUUACCCGAAGAUAGGAUACAGGUCUGGUUCCAGAAUCGUCGAGCCAAGUGGCGCAAAACCGAAAAGUGCUGGGGACGGAGUACCAUAAUGGCCGAGUACGGUUUGUACGGGGCGAUGGUACGCCACAGCUUACCGUUGCCCGAUACCAUAUUGAAGAGCGCAAAGGAAAACGAAUGUGUAGCACCUUGGUUGCUAGGUAUGCACAGAAAAUCCCUCGAAGCCGCCGAACAACUGAAAGAAUCGGACACCACCAGCGACCACGAGGACACCACCUCGAUGCGCACGGACACCAGCGACACCAGCGCCACCUCGAGCCAAAACCACCCUUCAUCUCAAACCCCAAGCACUGACAUCAAAGACCCCAGCUUACUGCAACAACAACCCCAACAACAACCCAACCCCAACAAUUCCUACCAGGACGAUCCGGAAGUUUUCCGCAACAACUCAAUAGCGUGUCUCAGAGCCAAAGCUCAGGAGCACAGCGCCAAAUUAAUGAACCACAACUUGAUGGUUCAUGGGGCUGUUGGUGGUAAUGGUAGGCCGAAUUCUUGCGAUGCCAACCAGAAUACCUUGCACCAUACCGAAAGCGGUGGGAAUGGUGCUGAACAAGGGAUUUUUUGACACAGCGAAUAGCGGAUAUACGAUAAUAAAGACAUUGUUAUGCGUUUCUAGAUUAUUGUCCUGGCAUAAAAGUCUUUUGGUGUUCCUUAAAUUAUUCUAGAUGUAGAAGUAGAAGGUUUUUUUUAGAGUCACAGAAUGUUUUAAAACAAAUUUGGGGCGCUAAUGGCAAUUUUUUUAUUUAGGUGAGGCAAAAUGUUGAAUUUUUGUAAACAUACUUAAGAGUUUCUCGUUAAUCAAUUACAAAGCUCUUUCAAUUUCUAGUAAUUUGAAUUCAAUAUUACAUUUUCCUUUCUGUUUUUGCAGAAAUUUAGCAUAUCUGUGCUGGAUUUUCAGUCUGCUGAAAAAUGUUGAGACUCUUGAGAAGUUUCCAAGUUUCCUUCCUAUGUUCUAAGUUUCCAAAUCCUAUGCUCAAGAUGCUUUAAUCUUCUGUACCUACGUGAAAAUCGCUAUGAAUAAAGCAUUCAAGAAACUUUACAUAAUACUAAAAUAUCAGCCCAAUUUUUUUAGAUGAUUUCAAUUAUAAUUUUAAAAUCAGAUCUUUUAAAUAAUAGUUCUUGGUGUCAAUGUGUUUGAUCCUUUUCGAGUUUUCAUUGUUUUUAGACAUUAGGGUUGCACUUCCAUUAUCACCAAAACAGAAUAGCUUUGUCAAAUAAAUUAAACUUUCUCAAAAUACCCUUAAUAUUAAUGAUUAGGUCUUGAGCUACUUCAUAUUCAGCUUCUGCUGUAGAUAAUGCCAGACAAGUUUGCUUCUUUGAAAACCAUGAUAUCGGGUCUUUUCCAUAUAGAAUUAUGCAUUCACUUACACUUUUCCUAUCUUUCCUAACUGUCGACCAAUCAACAUCUGAAUAUCCUUUGAGCAUUAUCUGAUAAUCUGUAUUUCUAUAAUGAAUAGGUAUCUUAAAACUAUUUUUCCAGACGCCCAUGUUUCUGAUACCUAUUGGAAAAUCUGUUUAUAAAUUGGUUUAAAGCUUCUUUAUCUGAUACGCUGGCUAGAACGUUUUCAACGUAAAAAGACUUGAUUCAUUUGGAAAUAACAUCACGACUGUAGAUUACUUCUUCUUUCCUUAAGUUGGUAGUCCAUAACUGCUCCUUAUAGAAAAAGACUGCAUGAUACUCCAAAUACCACUCCUGUAUGUCUGAAUAUUUUUAAGUUUUCGUCUUUAUCAUACCACAGGAACUUUAACGUUUCGUUCACUUUCUUGUAAGCUGAUCUGAAGAAAUGCCUUUUUUAUAUCAGCAGUUACUCCAAUCUUCUCUGUUCGAAGACGUAAAAUCAUGGAAGGGAUCAAUUCAAUAAGAUUGAUACCCUUUUCCAAACAUUGAAUCAGAGAUGAUUGAUUUUUUUCUCUUGAUAACGCAUCAAAAACAGGUCUUCUAGUAGGUUUGUAAACUGGAUGGUAUAGCAAAAAAAUGACCAAACUGACAAAAAGGUUCGUUACUAUCUGGUAAUGGUUCUAUCACUCCAUCUGCUAAUCAAUUAUCAAGGACUUCAUCAUAAAUAUCGUAAAAAUUAUCUUUUUUCAAUUUUUUCGUGGUGUCGUGAAGUCUUUUGUAUGACAAAUCAAAAUUAGACAAUAGAAGAGAGUGACCUUCAAGCCAUGGCAUACUUAUUUCAUAUCGUUUAUUAUUUUUUUGUUUCACUGUUGACAAAAAAUGUUCCAUGACCAAUGCUUCUUGUUGCUUUUGAAAUUUGUUUUCUAUAGGGUCUCGAAUUCCAAGAACUAAAUUCCAUAAGUUAGGCGUGGGUCAAAAUCUUUUGAAAACAAAGAAGUUACAAGUAGCGAUGUUUUCAUUCUGUAAGUUGGCUUCAGUUUACCUAUAAGCGUCCAACCUAGUAAUGUAUGAACUGCAACCAAUCCGCACUCUAAAUCAUGUUUACGUCCAGAAAAUAGCUUACCAGCUUCAUGAGCGCCUACCGAUACAUGAUACAUCGAUGGGUCCAUUCAUAUUAUCUGUUAUCUCGAUACCCAUUUCUUUUAGUUGACCUAACCAGGGUCCUUUUGUAACAAAACUAACAUAGUUACAAAUCAG